GGGGAAGAGAGCCAUAAAUAACCCCCGACCCCUCAUUCUUCAUACCACCAUGCCCUGAAUCCUCUACUCUAUUGAGCAUAUUCAUCUGCUUCUUUUCAACCAAUCAAUCAAAGGAUAUAGAACGUCUCGCCAUGGAAACCCUCCGAGAUCCGUAUCGCAAGGCCCUCGCCUACCGCGGGCAUGUCGAGGGUGUGACCAUCUCUGCCAAAGACUCCUGCCAACCCCUGUGCCACUACUUCGGAGGUCUCCGUUACGCCCUGCCUCCAGUCAAGCGCUUUUGCCAGGCACGCAAGCUGCCGCCAACCUACUCGUACGGCACCAAGGACCAGCCCGGCUUGUGUGGUGGUUUGGCUGGCGUGUGCCCCCAACCCGAUUUCCUGACCCUCUCGUCCGGCAACGACUGGACGGAGGACUGCUUCCAGUGUAACAUCUGGGUCCCACUGGGCGAGCCCCCGCAGGACGGGUGGCCGGUGCUCUUCUUCAUCCAUGGGGGCUUCCUCCAAUUCGGCACGCCGAACACCUUCUCCGCGGCCGCCUUGCUAGGCGAGACCGACUUCCAGGCCAUCAUCGUCAUGCCCGCCUACCGGCUCGGAGUCUUCGGCUUCCUGUCCUCCUCCGAGAUCCAACAGGACAUCGCCGACUCCGACCAACCCCUGGGUAACCAGGGCUUUUGGGACCAGCGUCUAGCUCUGGAAUGGACCCGUGACAACAUCGCCCUCUUCGGAGGCAAUCCCGCUCAGAUCACUCUCUCCGGGUACUCCGCCGGCGCAUACUCCGCUUUCUACCAGCUCGCCUACGACAUCCACCUACCCCCCGAAAACUCCAUCAUAAAGCGAGCCUGCAUCUGGUCCAACAGCCCAGCAGUGCAACCCAAAAGCCCCGCGACAGCCCAAACGCAAUUCAACCAGCUCCUCUCAGCCCUUCGCAUCCCUACCUCCCUCCCCGCAUCCGAAAAGCUCACCCAACUCCGCGCCCUACCCCCAGCAACCGUCCUCUCCGCAGCGACCAGCAUCUCGCUCCACCAGUUCCGCCCCACCACAGACAGCACCUUCAUCCAGCCCACGCUCUUCCAGUCCUUCGACACAGGCGCCUUCGCGCGCCGCCUCGCCGCGCGCAACAUCCACAUCAUGCUCGGCGAAUGCCGCGACGAACACAACCUCUACGCCACCUGGCUGCCCCCACCGGACAACAGCCGUUCCUCGCUCCGCAGCCGCCUCCUAGCCGACUACCCCCAACCCAUCGUCGACACCCUCCUACACCUCUACGCCCCCUCAGACACCACAAACACCAAGACAUACCCCCCCUCCACCUUCGGCCACAUCUACGCCGACAUCCAAGUCCACACGACCCAGCGCGGCCUCAUCCAGUCCCUCGCCGCGAACGGCGCAACCCACCUCCUCCACCGCUACCGCAUCGAGUACCGCCUCAACUGCGCUGCCAAGACCAUCCCGCGCGAGUGGGGCGUCACCCACGCCACGGACAUGUAUCUCUGGUUCUGGGGGAACGGGGAAGUGCUCGAGCCGGCUGAGAAGCGCGAUAUCCGGGCUGCCUUGAUCGAUCCCUGGGCGAGGUUUGUUCGUGGUGACACUGACGAUGUUUUGGGCUGGGGCACGAAUGGCCCGCGCGAGAUGCGCACGCUGAUGCCGGAUGGGUCGGUGAGGAUCUGUCGGGAUGAGUUGUGGGACGAGGCUAUGCGCGUGUGGAUGGCUUUGCGUGGGGUGGGUGAGUCGGGGGUGUAUUCGCCGAGGCUGUAGAUUACUUUCGUCAUCCCUUUGGGUACUAUCUAGUAGUAGUGUAGUAGUCUACGUCGUACGGAGAUCCACUGUUGUCAGAACAAGCAAGAAGAGAAUCAG